AGACCCUCCACAUAGUCCCUCUCUCUUCCUCUCCUUCGCAUCCCUCCACCUCCCACAUUUUCAAUCCCACCAUGCAGCACCGUCGUCAUCAUGGGCUGCUCCACCACUCUCUCUUCCUCACCUCUCCCUCCCCACCACCACCACCAACCCACCGUCAACAAACUCCACCGGCGCUCCCUCCUCUUCCUCUCCACCUCUCUAUCCCUUCCAACACCCCUCUCUUCUUCUUCCACCUCCCCUCCACCGCCACCUGACACCACCAUCACCGACAGAGUCUUCAUGGACUUCAGCAUAUGCCCCUCUUACUUCCUCAACCGAAAUCUGGGCGACGAGCUCUCACUUUGCACCGACGCCGAGCCAGUGGGCCGCCUUGUCCUCGGCCUCUACGGCAAUCACGUUCCCAUAACCGUCUCAAACUUCAAAGCCAUGUGCACCGGCUCCUGCGGCUCGAGCUACAAGGGCACUUUAGUCCAAAAGAUAUUCCCGGGACAAUUCUUUCUUGCAGGGAAGCAAGGCCGGAAAGAUAAAGGGGAGGUCAAGCCGCCUCUGGAGUUGACUAGGAAUACUGAAACAGUUGAGUCCAAGGCUUUCACGUUGGAACAUACGAGACCUGGUAUUUUGUCAUUGUGCUUGUCCGAGAACGACGAGGAGGAUGAUAUUAAGCUGGACCCCAAUUAUCACAAUGUUGAGUUUAUGAUUACUACCGGACCUGGACCUUGCCCUCAGCUUGAUUACAAGAACAUUGUAUUUGGAGCUGUGCUUGAAGGGUUGGAUGUGGUGACAACAAUAUCAGCAAUCCCUACAUAUAAACCAGCUGAAAGAAUCCGACAAUACAAUGAUCUUGCGCAGUUCCUUGGAGAUGAAAGAGCAAAGAUUGCUCGUGCAAUCUGGAAUAGACCCCUGAAGACCCUUUAUAUCAGUGACUGUGGAGAACUCAAUGUCACUAAGCCUACCCUUUUCCGUAGUCUUCCUUAGCACAUUGUUUAUUUGGUCUGUCUCCAUUCUUGCAUGCAGAGUACGCAUUUCUCAUUCGUUGUUAAUACUCUCUGCUCAAUCAAAUUCAUUGUACAUUACAAUUCACAGAAUGAAGAAUAUAAUGUAAAUCUAGGAGACUCUUUGAGUUGACCAUGGUUCAAAGACGAACUCGGCCGAGUCAAUCAUCAGAAUGGAGCUCUCCAUUCCGAUACCAAGACAAGAUGACUGCAAGAUACAUGGAUCGCCGAGAAUUCGGCCGAAUCACUGAGAACUCGGUCAAAAAGUUUCCAACACGGAUAGAAACAGUCGAAUCACCCCGAGUUUAGCACAUUUUGUUUAUAUUAUUUUGUUUCUUUUGCUAAUUUUUUAUUAUUUUUGUUUAGCA